CCGAUCAUCGCCGCGACAACAUUGAAAUUUUAUCCUUACCAAAUUUCAAAACUUUAACAAAAUGUGUCCCAUACAGAGAACCACCAGCCAAACAUCUUCCACAUCAAGCACAUCUGGCAAAAGUGAUAAUGAAUUGUACGCUCUGUGGUUAAAGAAUCUCGAAGCCAACAAAGAAGAACGCAAAUUCAAAGUUCGUUCGAAGUUUACCAUCGAUCCCAGCUUGGAAUUAGUCAGUGGAAACUUGGUAAUGCAGUAUUCGGAUUCUGCACCUUCAACGCCCUUCUCGUCGCCAGUAACAACGCCUACGAAGCCCGAAAAACCUGCAACACCUUCAGGAGCCUUUGAAACUCCUGAUCAAGCGAACAUCGCCAUUUUGGAUUCGCCCACGAAGAAGAAACGCGCAUUAUUACGCAAAAACCUCAACAAGCUUCUACAAAAGUUCCAGAAGAUUAACGCGCGUCAAGAAGAUGUGAGUUUCGGGCCAACAUAUCACAAAUAUCAAUACAACUGCAGUUUGUAUGAUCAAUUUGACAAGCUGAACACGAGCAAUGGCAGUCAAAUGUUUCACACUUGCAUUGAAGCAAUGUAA